AUGGGGGGCAAAAACCCGUUUGAUGGUGAAGAAUGUUGGGCAACCAUGUAUCACGGAUUCGGUGUGCGAGAAUGUGUGUUCCGCCACUUGCAGCUGCAGCUGGUGAUGGCAAAUGGCAGGCAGGGCUCUUGGUCACUUGCUGACUUUCCUGACUUUAGGAGCGGGGUCGUGACUUCUUUCUUCCAGGAUGUGGGAACCAUUACUUUCUCAAGACUGGGGUUGAAAACGACCAGCGGCGCCUUAGCCCCGCAAGGGGAAGCUGGCGCAGUGCUUCACAGUGCGAAACGCCAGCGCCAGAGGCGGAUCUCAGGUGCUUUUCGUGCAGAGUCAUUCGCAAUUUACCAAUUAAAAUCGAAAUAG